AUUUGAAAGAUAGCAAUUCAGCAAGUCAAAUUCAAUACAAACGUAAACGUCAGAAUUUUUGCUUAUAUCUGUGAUAUUUUAUUCUUAUUAUAAUGUAGUGGUUUCAAUUGGUAAUUUGAUCCAUUGUUGUAUAAUUCCAGAUCUCACUGUAAACAUGAUGGAGGACGGUGUAGAAUGGCCCGAAGAACUGUGCUUCCAACCGCAGCCCCUUGUAGGGGUAAUUGGUUUGGAACUGACCAAUUCAGCCCAUAAAACUAUAUGGGACGCCCUUAUCAGCACAAGGAGAUUGGACAGAGCGCCUGUUCAAUUCAAAUUGCUCACCAAUAUUACAGAAUUUCCUCCUGUAAAACCCAAGCGCAAUUCGUACGAAUGGUACAUUCCGAAAGGUAUUCUGAAAAAGAACUGGAUGAAGAAACACCUGACUCUGUUGCCGGCGGUUGUGGUGAUAUUUUUCGAGCUUGACUGGGACGAUGAUGUGCGGUGGGCAGAGAAGCGGUCUCAAUGUACCAGUCUUGUACAGGCUGUCAGAUCGUCGCUGGAUGGCCGCAACACGAGGAUAGCAGUGGUGCUUCUGCAGCAGAGGGCGGUGUCCCCCACCGGGGAGGACAUAGUGGCCGCAGAGAGAGCGGCAGCGCUGUGUAGUGCCUCUGAAAUCAACCAGAAGUCGUUAUUCGUGCUGCCACACGGCGACCAUCUGCAUGGCUACACGCUCAGGCUCGAGAACGCAUUCUAUGAACUAGCCCAGAGCUACUAUCAGGCGGAAAUAAGGCAUAUCAAAUCACAUCGGGAGCAUCUGAAUAAAACAACGCAUCAGUACUUGUUUGUCAGACAUCAGUUCAAGAUGGGAUUCCUUAAUGAAAUGAGGCAGGAUCUGAGGAGUGCACAUGGGCACUACUCAGCAGCCUAUACAAACCUGCAGGACCUGAGGCUUGUAGAUACAAACGCACUGGAAGUGAAAACAGUGGCCGGGUUCCUAGUAUACAAACAGUGUCGACUCAUGUUCACCUUCAACCAAGCCAGAGAGGCAAUACAACAGUAUCGAGCGCAUGUCGAGUAUUUCCUCAACAAAAUCGGUCCCAAAGAGUUGGCUUUCGAGCAUUAUGCUUGGCUUUCUAAAGGAUCCAGUGUGUUUGGAGAUCUAUUCGAUGAAGCGAUUCGUGUUGGUCUUGAAGCCAGUCAAACUCAACAUCCAGGGUUCUACUAUGAACAAGCUGCUCGACAUUCUAUCACAAGGAAACAGUUGGCUGCAAAUAUAUGCCAGGGCGUAGAUAAAUACCCAGACAGUGACCCCUUGGCUGGAGCGAACUCAAUGGAGUUCUAUGGGCAGAGACCGUGGAGACCGGGCAAGUUAAGUGUGGAGCCGCCUGAUCCAAUCAAAGAGAGAGACGGCGUUAUAGCUCUGCAGUACAAGGAGAAAUUCCAUUGCAAUCAUUCUUUGAUCAUAAUUACACACAUAGGCAACGCUAUAUCUCAGUUCAAAACCUACAACUGUCCCAGAAUGAGGAGAUGCUUGGUUGUUCAGAUGGCAGAUGAGUACUGUAGUUCCAAGGAUUAUGGCAAGGCUUUAACUCUACUAUCUCACAUGCUGUGGGACUACCGCAAUGAAAGAUGGUGGCUGUUAUUCUCCUGCCUGCUCUCCAAAGCUCUGUACUGCGCCUAUCUAACAGCCAGCAUUAAGGAAUACAUUGAGGUAGGCCUGGAAGCGAUGUCGCAGUUCCCUCAGGACCGACAAGUCAAACUGUUCAACAAUAUUCUAGCUGUCAUCAAGAAAUCAGUUCCAGAACCGGAGCCGAACAUAGACCCGGCCGAUAUUGAACCAGUUUUGGAGCUGUGGAAAACUAGAAACUCUGAUGUUGCCACAUCGCUUAUAACAAUCAAAAUGAAAAACAUCGACUCCUGUAUUGACUGCAAGGCGAAAUUUGUUGAAGCUACUUGCUCUUCGGUUGAUAUUCAACUCUUCAUCAAGAGUCGUCUAGAAUGCAGCGUGCAAUUUGGAAGGCUGAGCGUUUCGGUGAGCAGUCCUACGGUUAGUUCUGAGUUCGCGGUGAAUCCAACUCAGAGCGCGGAGUUUCCUAUCUGCGAGGGCAGCUCUGAUUCUGAUCCCAGGCUGCUAUUUGCACCAGGCGAAGUGAAGACCUACUCCUGUCAGUAUGUGCCCAAUCCGCAGGAUGUUGGCAAGGAAAUACAGAUCGAAGCAAUUUCUUUGGAACUUGGCGGUGGACCGGGAGAAAGAAAAAUUAUUCUUCAAUUUACUGGUCACGGUUGUGAACCGGCCAACCCCUAUCCUGAACUUCUGUACUUCAGACGAGGCAACGCCGAUGCACUGCACUUUGACACUUUUGCGCCGGUCACAUCAACGAUAAUCACAGCUAGAGUGCCCCAGAUCAAGCUGAGCGUCGAGCAGGAGACGCCUGCGUUGCAGGGCGCGUGGCACUCUAUAGGUGUACUGGUCGAGAACGCAGAGUCCAUUCCCAUUGGUCAGGCCAUUCUUAAUGUGGCUGUGCGUCCUAGCUUGGAGGAUCCUGGAAUUGAACAGAAUACUGAGCUGUGUGAAUCCAUUGAGAAUGGAGUCCUUUCAUUACCAAUGACGCUCACAUUGGGUGCCUUGGAAGCUGGAAGCUCCCUGAAGAAAACAUUCCUCAUGAAAUCGUUGUCAUUACCAACACGCAAUCUUAUUUUGAAGGUAUCCUAUCGCACAGACAAGAACGAGCUGUGUGAGAAAGAGCAUGUGAUGUCAGUUAGUGUGGUAAGGGCUAUGGAAAUGGCCACCUCGUUUCUGUCCACUCGGUUCGAGCCAAUCAACAAGCUCUACGCCAAGGAGCCAUUUGUCAUCAGCAUGCGUCUCGACUGCAUAUCACCCUGGCCAAUCACCGUUCACAAAACUGAACUGGUGCCGAGUGCCAGCAUGAACGAUGAAGGCGCGAAGUAUGUUUGCCAGCUGAAAGGUACUCACUUGAAGAAUGCUGAAUCGGGCACUUGUAUAAGCUCGCUCAUCGCCAAAGAGCCAUCAGAAAAGCUUACUAGUGUCGGAACUUUUGUGGUGUAUUGGUGCAAACAAGGCUCGGAUGCGUCUCUGGUAACAACGACCACAUUCGGACUGCCCGAGAUGCACGUUAGCAAGACACCACUGCUGCUAGACAUGGUGGUGCCCUCGCAUGGCCGCGUCAGGACACCACUGCCGGUGUCCUAUGUGGUGCGCAACAACACCACCACCCUGCUCACUGUCACGCUCGCCAUGGAGCCCAGUGACGCAUUCAUGUUUGCCGGCCACAAACAGUUGCAAUUCAGAAUCCUGCCGGAAUCCACACACCAACUAGACUACAAUCUGUAUCCCCUGCUCUGUGGACUGGUGGCUCUGCCUCAGAUCAAACUUUCCUCCACUGAUAACCAGGCGACUGCCAUCAUCAUCAACGAACUCAUCGAACGAGUUCUCCCCACCCAUGUCUACAUUAUGCCUCAAGCGAAAGGAAAACCUCAAGAACAACCUAUAGCAGUGGAAAAUUGAGAUCAAGCUGCUGAAAGUGCAAUUAAAAAAGACAAUUGGUAAUUUUAAUGUCAUCAUUGUGGACUCUCAUAUUUUAUUGUAAAUAUAGGACUAUUAGAUUGGGUGAUUCAAUAUAUUUAUUGAUUAACAAAAUUAUUUGGUGUCACAGGCAUCAUUCAUAUUAUGUAUAGUAUUAUUUUGUUUAUUGUAAAAAUCUCAUCACAUAUUCAUUACUGUUAUAUUUACUUGUAUAUGAAUAAUUUCAAAUAAAUAUAAACUCAAUAUUAGGAAAAUAUUUACUACUCAAA